AUGUCGGACCGUGUUAGUCAACUCGCUGGUCAUCUCAACUACCCCAAAGGCCUACUCGCUGGCCAAGUAGCUAUCAUCACAGGCAGCGGCCAAGGAAUCGGUGCAGAAGCUGCCAGGCUCUUUGCCAAAGAGGGUGCGAAAGUUGUUGUUGCAGAUAUCGACGCGGAAAAGUCCAAGGCUGUUGCUGAUGGCAUCAAUAAAAAUGGCGGCCAGGCUAUAGCUGUGCCCGGAGAUAUUCUCAAGGCAGAAUAUGUCAAUGAUCUGGUCAAGAAGGCUGCAGAAUUUGGCGACGGAAAGAUCAAUAUCAUCGUCAACAAUGCGGGCUACACUUGGGACGGUGUCAUUCACAAGAUGACAGACAAGCAGUGGGACACUAUUCUCGCUCUUCACUGUACUGCCCCUUUUACUCUCGUCCGCGCAGCAGCGCCUUACUUCCGUGUACGCGAUGGUGCCCCUCGAUGCAUCGUCAAUAUCUCAUCUACAUCUGGAGUGCACGGCAAUGCGGGACAGCUCAACUACUCUCUUGCAAAGGCAGGUAUCACAGGGUUCACAAAGACGAUUGCAAAGGAGUGGGGUCCCUCCUUCGGCGUGAGAGCGAAUACUGUUGCCUUUGGACAUAUCCUCACCAGAUUGACGGCGGCGAAGGAAGACGGCGCAUUUGUUACCGGGCCGGACGGUGAGAAAAUCGCACUGGGUAUUCCAACAAAGCAGAAGGAGGCAGCAGGGGAUAAUGCCCAUGCAGAUAUUCCACUGAGGAGACCUGGUACUGCGACUGAGGCAGCGAGCGCUGUUCUGGCUGUGGCGAGCCCAUUGUUUUCGUAUGUAUCGGGCCAGACCAUCAUGGUCACUGGAGGUCGUAAUAUGUAG